CUCACCUGAUGCAUUUCAAGGUAGUGAUUGGCGACCACCCUUGUCGCUUUCUCCAGCCAUAAAAACUCGUGUGGGCCAAAUGGCCUACCCUGCUAUCUACGACACGCCGUUCGAUGAGCUGCCUGACAAGAAGCGAGUUUGGGUCGGCACGCCAGGCAGUCGCGAGGAGGGACUCGCAAAACUCGCUCUCCUUACACCUUCAGUCGUUGCCAAAGCGGCCGCCGACGAGAUCAAAACCGGCCAACGCGUGUCUCUCAAUUGGGAGCUGCCCAAGCUCGAAAUAGCAGGGUUUGGCCGUCAGCCCUUUGAGCAUAAAAUCCUAGAGUGCUACAAUGGCCUUUUCUUUGACGACGUGUAUGCCUUCAAUCCGCAGCAGGGCAGCCAAUGGGACGGGUUGCGCCACUUCUCGCAGACCGUACCAGGGACAGAGGGUAAGGGACCGGACCAAAGAGUCUUCUACGGCGGCACUACUGGUGCAGAGAUCCAGGACCGCGGUAGCACCCGAAUUGGUAUCCAGCACUGGGCUAAGGAGGGCAUAGUCGGACGCGGUGUGCUUAUUGACUAUGCGUCCUGGGCCGAGACGAACGGGGUGAAGUACUCCGCGCUGAGAAACCAUGAGGUCAAGCUCACGGAGAUAUUGGAGAUUGCCAGGGAGUGCAACAUCACAUUUCGAAGGGGGGAUAUUCUGCUGGUCAGGACUGGCCUCACCAAAGAAUGGGAUACCAUCUUGUCGCCUGAAGAUAAGAAGAGCUACGCAGAGAACCCCGCAGACAUGCAGCAUGCAGGUGUUGAAGCUACCGAAGACGUGCUGCGCUGGCUCUGGAACGAGGGAUUUGCAGCGGUCGCAGGUGAUUCGGUCUCGUGGGAAGUAUAUCCGCCUUCAAAGCCGGAGCCUGUACUACACGAGUAUCUGUUGGCAGGCUGGGGCAUGCCGAUUGGAGAGAUGUUUGACCUGGAGGGACUGGCAGAGAUCUGUCGAAAGGAGAAUCGGUGGACGUUCUUCCUGACCAGUGCGCCGUUCAACAUGCCUGGUGGUGUAUCGAGUCCGCCGAACUGCAUGGCCUUGUUUUAAGCAUGCGCGUACAUUACUGUAGACACCUGGAAACAUGGUUGUAAAAUUGG